GCUACGACUUUCCUUCCCUGACUUCGACAUCAGAUUUCUCCCCAUUUGACGCUCGCUCCUCUUUCUACGUUACAUUUGGCGACAUCUCGACUGCGGCGCUCCCUCGCUUGGCUGCAAUUCUCCGAGUCGAAUUUGCAUUGACCUGAACGAACUCUUGACUCAUCUCCCCACACGCACACCGUGGGACCUGAUGAGCACAACCUAAUUCCACCAACAACACUUUCUGUGCGCGAGACAAGAUGCAGUUCCUUUCGCUCCUGGGGCCCAUAGCCUACCUGGGCAUCCUGAUCGGCAGCAUGGCCACGUUCUCACACCUGUAUCGCCAACGCCAAAUCAACUCCAAACUGCGUCUGGCACCAUACUUCCCCGCCCACGCAAGCCGGAACAUCUACCUCUCUCUACUGCACAUGUCGGACUCGAACCCGGACGUCAAGGUGCCCGACAGCGUCCUGCGUGCCGCCCUCUUGUCCCGCGCCGUCGAGGACGUCCAGCGUGUCAUGGAAGUGCGCACACGGAAACCUCCGCUGGCCCAACUUCUCCAGCGCGGCGUCGUGGGCGACGAGAUCUUCCAGCGCCUCCAGCGCGCGGAGCAGGAACUCGAGCUCGAAAUCAAAGACGUGGUCAACGAGGCUAACGCGCUCGCCCCGAAUUGGGGGACCCAUAUCUUCCAGAGUGCGAAUGAGAUGGUCAAUAACAAGAUGCUGAGGGACAAGUUGGACGCCAUCAAGGCGACGUUGCCGGCAGAGAAGGAGGCUUGGGAUGCGCAGAGAGAGAAGGCCAGACGUGAAUUGGAGGGGGAAAGCGUGAGCCGUGUAAAGACACAAGCCGUAGAAGCGCCAGCCGCGGAAAAGACAAUCAAGGCCGGAAGUAGUGAUGAAGACGGGGUUAUUGUCGAACCUCCUGCUGCGGAGGUGCCCGCUGCUGCUGCGGCCGCCGCCGGCGGGGGCGGUGGUGGUGGGAAGGGCAAGAAGAAAAAGGGAAAGAAAUGAGCGAUUCCGAUACUGUAUGAACAGAAGACUGCUUUUCCAUGGUAGGGUUUAUGAGCGCGCAUAGCGAAAAUUUGCAUCUGGCGUAUAUCAACGGAGGCGGAGCUUCUAUGCAUUCAUGUGCUAUGAUACAGAUGCUAUACAACCAUUUGAACAAUGCGGCAUCGCACCACUGAC